UUAGAAUUGAAUUGAAUCCCAGUCUCAUAUGACGUACAUAUAAGACGCUCACACAGUAAACCCCCCGGACGAAAAAAUAAAGAAAAAAAAAAUAUAAUAAAAACUAAGCCGUUGGCCUGCUGUGCCAUCAUCACCCCCUCGUGCAUUUUUGCCUAGCUGCCUGCUGAUGCUACAGCAGUGUGUGUCUAGUGACGAUCGUAUAAAGUUGGCCCAGAACCUUAGGAAGUUCGAAUUAUAACGGCGCUCAGUUGAUCAUACUUUUGGUCCCACCCACCAAAGAUGCUUGUUUGACAAAACAUUGUCAGCACAUUGGAUCUUCCUUGAUCUCUUCUCUUUACAGUUAAAUAAUAUAAAUAAAUUUACAAUAGGUUAAGGAGAUGGCACAGUCAACCCCAACUGGAAACAUCACCAACAUUUGGAUCCAAGAUGCAAAUGGUCAGCCACAAAUGAUAAAAGUGGUGCAUGCCACUGCUGGAAAAGGUGUUCCAGUGUCCAUGGCUUCUGGAGCAGUUAGAGCUGUUCUGCGAUCUAAUGGAACCGUUUUGGCUGCCACACCUCAGAUGUUGCAGUCACUUGGCAGAGUGACAAGAGCACCUGGACCUCGUGGACAAGUGGCAGCUGGACAGAUACUAGCCAUACCAUUAUCAUCAGGAAAUGGAUCUACUCCGAGUAACAAAAACACUGCUGUACAGUUACCAGUAGUGCCUGUUGUGUUGAGCACUCCUCAACGCUUAAAUCAGCAACAACAACAGGGCAAAAACUUCAUUUCCCCAAUUCUUGAUCACAGUGGUUCACGAAAAAGGCAAGAUCCUGACCAUGAACAUGGUUCUGAGAGUAAACGGCGUAAGGUAGACAAAGGAGGCAAAGGAUUACGUCAUUUCUCGAUGAAGGUGUGUGAAAAGGUUCAGAAGAAGGGUACUACAACAUACAAUGAGGUUGCUGAUGAACUUGUAGCUGAAUUCACUGAUCCAUCUCGUUGCACUUCACCUGCUGACCAAUAUGACCAAAAAAAUAUUCGGCGUCGGGUUUACGAUGCACUGAAUGUGCUCAUGGCCAUGAACAUCAUAUCGAAAGAGAAAAAAGAGAUCAAGUGGCUUGGUUUACCUACAAAUUCGUUGCAAGAAUUCCAGGCACUGGAAGCGGAGAAGCAACGUCGGCUAGAAAGAAUUAAGCAAAAGACGCAACAAUUGCAAGAAUUGGUCCUUCAGCAGAUCGCCUUCAAGAGCUUGGUUCAAAGAAACAAGCAAAAUGAGCGUCUUCACGGUGGCCCUGCCAGUAAUUCUACCAUACAGCUACCAUUUUUGGUCGUAAAUACUAGCAAGAAAACAGUGAUUGACUGCUCCAUAUCUAGCGAUAAGAUGGAGUAUCUCUUCACCUUUGAUGAUACUUUCGAAAUUCAUGAUGAUAUUGAAGUCCUUAAGCGAAUGGGCAUGGCCCUUGGGCUUAACGAGGCCACUUGUACUGAAGAGAAUCUCGCCAAGGCCAAGUCUUAUGUUCCAAAAGCGUUGGAACAUUAUGUAGAUCAGUUGGCUAGCGGUCAGGCCGAGCCACAGUGGCCAGAGGACGUCAAUCCUGUGGUUAAGGAAACCUCAGAUCACUUUGGAAAUCAAGGUGUUCGAGCAGUUACACCUACAGCGUCGGUCUCAACAGGUUUCUCAGACUCCGAGGAUGACGAUGUGGAUGACGAUGAAGACAACUCCGACGUGGAAAUCAAUUAAAGGGUGUUGUUCUACUGAUGCGUUGUCUCAUUGCGUCCAUUUCUACUGCCGCUUUACAUGCGGCUGUCCUCGCUGAUUGGAUGCAUUUCUCUUCGCUUGUUCUCGGUUCAGUGUUUACCCUUUCCUUAGAACCUCCUUUUCAAUGUCGCCAAUUUAAGCCAAGUGAGAGUAUCCAUCGAUGAUUUUCGUGGGAAUCUGAACCACGUGUGUGUGUCUAUUAAGAUGACGGAGUGAGCUCUUGUCGGUAUAGGAGACCGCAUCGACAACUGGAAACAUUGAAAACUCAGGUGAUGAAUAUUUGCAAAAGUGCCUGUCGAUGUAUUUUCGAGUAGAAGUGAGGUUUCAUUGUCGAUAACAGUUUUCUUCGUUCAUUUUUGUUUACCGUCGUACAAAAACAAUGUCGUUCGUUAUUUUCGUCUCUUAGUGUUCAUAUCUUGUUCAUCCAUCUCGUUGACACGAGCAUGUCCGGGUGCAUCAAUAGUCUUUGCUGGCUAUAAACUAUUCCAUUUCACUUUGCCCUAUGAUGGGUAUUUAUUGCAAACUUCACAACUGUAUUACCUUACAUUUCAUGAGUACACAUUACAAAAAAAGAAUAAGAA